GUUGCGCGGAUACACUUCGUAGGUCGAGACUUUCGAAAACUUCAGAAACACAAUUAGAAAGCACAAGAAACGUAAUCGCAGUUCGCGGCUCGUUUAAAAUCCGAAAACCUAAAUUUUACCAUAUAAGCAAAGGGCUUUCAGUUUCACGCUCGGCACCAAAGGGAGUCCAAAAAGAAAUGGCGGCUUCGCAGGAAGUGAAAACUGGCGCCCCUGAGGCGGGCGCGGUCCUGGAGCAAACCGAGAAGAUGGCCAUGUCGCCGGCCAAAGAAGCGGAAGCGUAAUAUUUUUGCACUUAGAUAUAUUUUUAGUGUUGCUAUCUCGACCUUGGCAAAGAAACUUGGUUGUCCUGCAUCUGUGAGGAGAAGUAAGUAGACGGAGUUCCAUUGAGUUCCCCUGUGGGCGGAUGAAGCGCUACUCCAAGAUGAGUUUGAGUCUAGAUGUAGUUAGAUGAAAUCGAAUCUUCUUGAUGCAGCUGCGUCACAAGUUCAAAUACAAAUUCAAAACUCAACUCCAGGUUGUUCGCGAAGCAACAGGAGUCGCAGCGUUUGGUCAACGCGGAAGCGUACGGAGCCUGCGACCACCCGGCUGACGACAAGUUGCUGGCGAAGAAGGCUGGACUCCUCGGUGAGGACCAUGCCGCUCCAGGGAUCAAAACCCUGUUGCGCAAGUUCGUCUUCCAGGUCUUGAUUUUCGUGCUGGUGACCGCCACGAUUGGCCUGGGCUUGCAGGUUUUGUUCCUGGUGCCGCAGCCGUUCGGCGACCAAGUGGGUAUGUAUUUUAUUUAUAUAUACUUAGUAGUUAGAUGUUCAUGUUCUUGAUGUUGGGUUCUCGUGUUAUCUAUGUUCUCGUGUUAUGUAGGUGUUGUGUAUGCGUUCUUCUUCUUGUUACUUAUCUGGGUUGCUGUGGUUGUUUAAGAUCAAGUGAGUGGCUUCCCGCCGAUAUUGUACCGCUUUCACUGCAGUCAUAUUACCUAUGAUGUGCACCUGUGCCUGCGGGCCGAAGCGCAUUCGGCGCGCAUCUUUUUGUGGGUCGUACAGCGUGGCCUGAGUUGUACUUGUGCAUCACGCGUAAGUUGAAUCGCGCGCAGUGAAUAUUUCUUUGGCCGCACACAAAUCAAAUUACAUACAGGCUGGUCCACGUCUUGGCCGCUAGUCGGGGAGUCGAGUGCGGAUGAUGGGGCUGCGGUGCCUGCUUCUUUCAUACAGGCCGGCGCAGCCUCCUGCCUUUCGAAAACAGAAGCAGAAGGCUACUACGAGCAGUGCGGGUGCGCAGAAGGCUGGAAACCCGUCGGGGGUUCGAGCACUGCCUGCUACAGGCACACGGCGGGGCCCUUAUGUUCUUGAAAAGAGUUUCGCUCUCCGCACUGCCAAGGUCCAGCAAUGUCGGCCAGACGAAAUUUUCACUAAAUUAGCGCUGUCCCGUUUCGUAAAAAAGGAAACGUAUAGACGGACGGAGAAUUGCGCAGCCCAUCCCCAUUAAAAUCGUGGCUAAAGCUAGAGCAGUGAGUUGUCUUGUAUUGAUCAAUCGUGUUACAAGACGCCUUGCAGAUUACCGCUCUGGAUCGAAUGGUGCAUCGCUGCAUCGAAAAUUUCGUCUGUACUGAUGUGCGAAGCAUAGAAUGAUGUUAGCUUCGUUCGUCAAAACGGGAAGUAGUGCGCUAGCGCAGCCAUCGCCUUUCUCAAGGGAGCGAACUUUUUUCAAGGUGAUAGCUAGGUGGAACCUUCCCGAACUCGGCGGAAGCCUUGGGCGCCAAGUGGCAGUAUGCCGAAGACUUAGUAAGCGGAAAGGCCGGUGGAUGCCCUGUCCAGAUCAAGAUCCCGUUCAACGGCGGCACUGUGCAGGCGGCUUGCCAAUGGUUUAACGGUAGAGAGUGCCACUGCAAUAACGAGUAAUACUUUUUAUUAUUUCUCAAGGUCGUCGUUGGACCUGGUCCUGUUAUCUGUUGAUCACAUACAUUUUCAAUGCUACGACGCCAUCUUUUUUGUUUGUAAGUUCGCAUGAUCUUCAUCUUCUCCACAUAGAACACGAAUAGUAAGCGACGAGAGCAUAACCUGCCGAAUGCAGAGGCUUGAGAAGAUGUUCGACCCCGAUUGGUCGAAGGAGUACGCUAACAUGUAAAAGUGUAUUUUUCCUUUGACUGCACUUUUCGACACGACUCUUGCGAAUACGCACAACUAGUCGCACAGCAAAAUAAAGCACGUCUACUCAGCGUCAGCACGACAUUAUCAGGAAAACAAAUACAAAGCAAGUCCUUUUUUCGAGUUUCUUCACCUUUCUUUCAUUUUGCUCGCUCUUUGCUUUGCAACGUAAAUACGCGCCAAGAUGAUUUUCUUUCGAAUAGCCACGGCUGACGAAAAGGUCCUGGCGCCAAUUCUUUGCAUUGCGAUAUUGAGGCCUUUUGAUGUUUUAAACCUUUAAUAAAACCACGAGCACCACCAACCCAGCAUCAUUAACUCAGUUUCAUGAACCUAUCAUCACCAACCUAGCACCACCAACCUAGCACCACCAAUCAACCUAGCAUCACCAACCUAGCACCACCAACCUAGCAUCACCAACCUAGCAAAACUAACCUAGCACCAGCACCAACCCAACACUACCAACCCAGCAGUUUCGAUUUAUUUUGACAAAAGCGGUACAGGAACAUAAGUAGGUAGCCCCAAACAUGAUCACCCCUGGAAGUAGACCGAAGCAUAGGUAGCCCCAAACCCAACUCCCCACCCAACCCACAGAAGACCGGGUUGAAAGAAAGGCCGACACCUUAUCUUAUCAACAAACCCGAAGAACCCAUCACGACCUCAUCUCUUGCAAGAGAUACUUCAACACAAGAAAGCGUUUCUUUCGUGGUCCCCCCGAGCGAGGGUGAAAUUCCAAUGCAGUGCGGCGAAGAUA